AGCCAUUUGAUCCCCCACUGAAGUGAGCAGAGAUGACGAAGCUCGUGGCUUUCGCCUUGGCCGCGGCCACAGUGUGUGCCUGGCUUUGCGCUCCGAGUUUUGUUCAAUUCCUGCCACGCAGCGCUCCAGCAGCCCCAAGCCCACAGCAAGCACGCACGCCCGAUGUGCUGGCUGGUGCAGGGACCGGCCAAGCCAUGCUGGCCUUGGGCCUGGGCGUGGGCGCAGUGGGCGCAGUCGUGAGGGCUUCCAAGAUGGCAAGGCGUUCCCAUGCCGUGAAGAUCUACGACACUUGCAUUGGAUGCACCUUGUGCGUCCGUGCUUGCCCCACCGAUGUGCUGGAGAUGGUGCCAGCCACAGUGAACGCGGCCAAGCAGGUCGCAUCAUCUCCUCGGGUGGAGGAUUGCGUCGGCUGCAAGCGCUGUGAAACGGCAUGCCCGACGGACUUCUUGAGCAUUCGUGUCUACUUGCAAGAGUACGAGGAAACGCAGUACAGUCUUGGCUUGGACUUGGCUGACUGGUCUACCUGAGUGCCGGAGCAAAGUGUUUAGAGCGUCCAGCUGCGGUGACCAAAUGGGCGAGCAAUAUUGCUUGCCGUGUUAACUGCUCUCAUUGUGUUUUUGAUCCUAAAUGGGAAUGUGCAAGUCCCUCAUGAAUGCCUGCCUCUAUUCUAGCUGGUCGGUUUCUGUUUGUAGUGACCAUAUGGUUCGAUUGGGCAGUGCGU